GUCAAGUCAUGUUAUAGUCAAGUACAUGUUUACGUUUAUUUCACGUUUGUAGUCAGGGUUUUGGGAUUCCACAUCUGUAAAUAAACUGCACUUGGGUUCUUCAUCUUCACGUCUUCGUCAUUGCCAUCAUUGUCAGCAGUUCCAGCAUACGUUACAGAAUACUAGACUUCCAUGAACCCAGCAGAUUUACUUCUGCGCCUACGUCAGGGGAAUCGUCCCCUGGAGGACUAUGUUGAGGACUUCUGCGGUCUAGCCAGCCAGGUAGACUUUAAUGAGGUUGCCCUCAAAGACUGUUUUAGAUUUGGACUAAAUGAGUCCAUUUCUUUUUUGAUGCCUGGUGGUCACAGUUCCCUCAGCCUGGCUCAAUAUAUCGACCUCGCCCUACGGUUCAUUGGUUCCCCGUUCACUGUAGUGGAGGUGGAUGCCGAGCCAGAGUUCCACGUCAUGGCCGCGGCCGAGCCAGAGUUCCACGUCAUGGCCGCGGCCGAGCCAGAGUUCCACGUCAAGGCCGCCGCCGAGCCAGAGUUCCACGUCACUGCAAUGCCUCAGCCUGCUCCAUGCCACGUCACAGCAACGCCUCAGCCUGCUCCAUGCCACGUCACAGCAACGCCUCAGCCUGCUCCAUGCCACGUCACAGCAACGCCUCAGCCUGCUCCAUGCCACCCUGAUAACCCAACUGUCUCAACUCGUAUCUGUUACAUCCUUGGGCGUAUCACUUUAUGUUGUCUCCCUGUGUUUUGUUUUCCUUCUGUCUUUCAUGACAGGUUAGAUUGCCACCAGGUGUCAGCUAUGAUGACUACUAAUCAGUUCCCCGUUACGAUUGGCUGACAAGAGGAUAAAUGCUGGUGGAACCAACACAUGAAGAGAGAGAUGCAGAGAGGCAGACUGUUUGUAGUCUGUCUCUGAGAGUUGUUCCUUUCUCCUGCCCCAUAUUGUGUACAUUUUUAAUACUUUGCUCACAACACUAAAUAGAGUACACUUUAUGACCAUUGCAUAGUCUUUCAUUUUUGUUUUGUAUAUUGUUACGUUUUACAUUUACUUGCUUUCUUUAUCUUUUUAUGUAAGCUGUAAGGAGGUGGGUACGAUUUAUUUUCUAUUUAACCUUUUUUCUCCUGCUUCUACCCAACAAGGGAGUCAGGGUACAAAUUUGUUGUUUAUUUGUGUUUUUCUUUUGUUAGGAAAUUUAAUUUGGACUCUCUUUAGUUAGAAUGUGUAGUGAUUUGAAUUAAACCACACAGAUUAAUUUAAUAUAACUAUCAGUAUAUUCGUAACUUGCAUCUCUUUUACAUGCUAUACCCAUCAUGUCAACUCCUAUUCCUCUCCUCCUUUUUUCUUCUUCUCUCCCUCCCAGCUUCCCUAUACUUACACACCUGCCCCCUAGUGCCCAAAGUGAACAUUAAAAAGAACAUUACAACCCUCUUCACCUUCAGAUAUGUUUUUUCCCCAGUAAAACAGGAACUUAACAUUUAACUGUAAACAUUGGCAGUGAGUUAUGUUCUUUAUAACUUGUUUUGUUUUAAAUCUCAUAGUCCGCUAAUCUCCUUGGUGGGCCUCUGUGUUCUCUUUGUGGAUAUCUCCUGAUGUCAGGAGAUUGGGGCUGUGGAGCUGGUGAUGGAGGGAGGAGGGGCAUUGUUGCUUAAAUGUGUACUGGAAGAUUUACUUCCCAGUUACAAUCCAGAUCUUUCUUUUCUUCUGUGUGGCAUGGCAAAAAACGCAGGGUUUUGAAGUGUGAUGAAUUUCUUGUGAUCUGACGGUUAGCAUGAGCUGCAGUCACCAUUGACCCUUUAACAGCUAUCACUUUAUAUGGAUGAGGCUCAAAUGCAGAACAGAGCUUCCCACUCCUCUUUUGUCGACACAGAAUGAUAUCAUUCACCUUUAGACUUGAAGGCUUGGUGUGACGCAUCCUGUCUGUAUACAGCUUCAACUUUUCUUUGGCUGCCACAUCUGCACAGCGCACAAUGUCAUCAUGGCACUCUUGUUUUGAAGAAACCUCUGGUAGCUUGGUGUGUAUGGGCCUACCAAAUAAAACUUCAGCCAGUGAUAUUCCUGUUGAGCAAAUGGGGUGGCCCAUUAAGAAAAGUGUACAACACCUGUUUCCAUGGUAAGCUAUCCAUAUGGGCUGCUUGAAUGGCCUUCUCCAAUGUUCUCAUAAACUGCUCUGCCUCUGCAUUAGCUUGAGGCCACAGUGGAGUAAUUUUUCUGUGUCUAAAACCCAGAUAUAUAGAGAAGUCAGAAAAAUCGUGUCCAUUAAAAGGUGGGCCAUUAUCUGUUUUUACCUCUAGGGGCACACCAAAAGAUGAGAACACCUUAUCUAGUUUAGGAAUAGUGCUUUUAGCAAAAGUGGACUGGACAAUUUCAACCUCUGGAUAUCUUGAAUAUUCAUCAGUUACCACCAGAAGGUAAUCUCCAGAAGGGAAUGGGCCACAGAAGUCUACUCCAACCUUUUCCCAUGGUUUGGAUGGCAGCUCUGACAUUUGCAGUGGCUCUUUGUUGCUGGUAGGCAGGACAGCUUGGUAUGGAAUGCAGGUUGCUACCAUGUCCUCAACAUGUUUGUCAAUACCAGGAAACCAUACUUUUUCACGGAUCAAUUUGUUUUGUUUUCACCACCCCUUGGUGACCUUCAUUUGCAAGAGAGAUGGCUUUUGCCUGUAGGGAUGAUGGCACAACUAUCUUGGUCUCCCUUAAUACUACAUCCCCUGGCAUUGUAACAGACAACUCAUUGCGUAUUUUGUACAAGGAAAUCAAUGCAGGUCUGUUGAUAUUGUCAUCCAAUUUAUUUUUGACAGCAUCUUCCCAGCCCCCAUGUCUGAUGAGUUCCACGACCUUGGAGAGGGUUGCAUAAUUUUUUGUGGCAGUUUGUAUCUCCUCGCAGUAAGGAAAUUGACAUAGUCUUCAGCACACUUGUCAGAAGUGUCUAAAUGUGAAGUGGUCUGAGGAAAAAGUGGAUGAUGUGACAUAUAGUCAGCUGGAUUAUCCUUUCCUGAUUUGUAUUGAAGUCGUGAAGUUGUAUGACUGCGUCCUGAGACUCCAGCGCUCUAUCUUGGCAGGUGGCUUUGAUUUUGGGUGAUUGAAUAUCCACUCAAGGGGCUUGUGGUCAGAAACCAGGGUAAACAGUGCUCUGUACAGAUACAUGUGGAAAUGUUCACACCCCCAGACAAUGGCUAAAGCCUUUCGUUCACUUUGAGAGUGCUGAGGCUCUGCUUCAAUUUGUGAAAUGCAUCUUGGUGAGUUUGUGACCAUGUCCAGAUUGUGUGUGUGUGUUUUUUUUUUUUUUU